AUCAUCCUAAUAGGUUUAGUUAAUGUUUACCUUAUACGCCAGGGUUCAAAAGUCAAGUAUUUAUGUGAAAGACACAAACCGGUAAGAACAGAGAAACUAAAACUGGAAGAUUUGAGUCAAGAAGGACAACAAAGGGCAAACCAUGAUCGCAAUCACAGAGUUUCAGAAGAUCGGUGUUGGUCUGUCAGGAUUCGGCGUGUUCUUUGUGCUGUUUGGGAUUCUGCUGUACUUUGACUCAGUCCUGUUGGCGUUUGGAAACAUUCUGUUUCUGUCUGGUCUGGCCUUCAUCAUUGGUUUAAAAAGGACGGCACACUUCUUCUUCCAGAGGCAGAAGCUCAGAAGCUCCGCCUUCUUUCUGGGAGGCGUGGCUUUAGUACUGCUAAGAUGGCCUCGUAUUGGCAUGUUAGUGGAGACAUAUGGCUUUGUGCUUCUAUUCAAAUCUUUCUUCCCAGUGGCUUUUGGUUUCCUUGCAACGGUUUUCAACAUUCCCUUUUUAACAACGAUUUUAAACAAGUUAUCUGGUAGUAGUACAUCAAUGGUGUAAAAGCAGAUUCUGGGAGAAAACAUUCAAAACAAAUAAUGUGUGUGUGUUUGUGUGUGUGUGUGUGUGUGUGUGUGUGUGUGUGUGUGUGUGUGUAUGU